GCCGCCGCGACGCGGCCCGGGACGGGGGUCUGCGCCCGUGGGCUCCCUCGGACCUGCCGCUUCCCGGCGCGGCGCGGGAGAGGGCGGCGGGGCCGGGCCGGGGGAGAGCAGCGCUCCCCACCCAAGGCGCGGUGGGCAGUGCCAGGAGCUGGCGGCCGGCUCGGCCCGCCGGCGGCGGGGAGAAAGAAGACUGAGGGACAGUACAGCACGUUGCUCAUACUACAGCAGGCACUGACAGUGUAACAUUCAUCAGCAGGAGAAAAUUCAAGCCAGGAGAGUGUCAACGCAGGUGGUUAAUGUGAGCAGUUGUCAAGGAAUGGUUUUCAGACAUGAUGGCUGACCAGCCGCCUCCAUUAGAAGCUACACCUAUACUGAAUGAAGUGCCACUUCUACCUCAUAUGGUUAAUGGGGACAGCAUCCAACAGGUUAUUCUUGUACAAGUAAACCCAGGUGAAACAUUUACAAUUACAACUGAAGAUGGACACAUUCAAUGUAUUCAAGGUCCAGCACAUGUUCCUAUGAUGUCACCAAAUGGUUCUAUGCCGCCUAUAUUUGUGCCUCCCGGUUAUGUAUCUCAGGUGGUGGAAGAAAAUGGAGUUCGUAAAGUGGUGGUAUUGCCACACUCAGCUGAAUUCCAUCCUUCCAUGCAUCCUCCUCCUCCUCCUCCUCCCCAUGUGCCACAUUACAUGCAUCAUCACCAUGCUUUGCUUCCCCACCCACCUCACCCAGUGUACCCACCAGUUCCUGGGACAGGAGAGCUGCCACCACAGUUCAUUCACCAGCAUCCACCACCACACGUGUUUCAAGAACAAGAACCUCGUUCUCACGGAAGGACAAACUUCAUUCAGCGAGAUGAAAGGAGUCUCAAAAUGCAAGAACACCUGAAGAAAAGACUAAAAGACAGACAAGCUAGUGGUCAUACUAAUAAUAAACUUAAUAGUCCUCCAUCUUCACCACAUAAAGUUGUAAAUUCUUCCAAUGCAACAAUUCAGAAUGGAAAUGGAAAGGGACAGCAAGGGGCAGGAGGACCACUAAAGCAGAAGCAGAUAGGAAAAACAAAGGGCAGUCCAGAUGCAGAGAUGGGAGAAUCUGACACAGAAUCCAAGAAAUGUGAUAUUCACUUGAGCAUUGGCAAGCCAGUCGUUUCUGAUAUACAAGCAAGAUCAGCCGUUCUGUCCUGGAAUCUCCCAGUUAGUUCACAGAAUGGAGAGAGCCAUAGUCAUAGUCCAGCAGCAUUUACAUUUGAAGUAGCAAUAUCCAACAGUGGUAAAAAUGGAAAAUUUAAAUCUGUCUAUGUUGGGGAAGAAUUAACGAUUACACUUCCUGAUCUCAGACCAGCAACUGAUUAUCAUGCCAGAGUUUCAGCAACCAGCAGUUCCAUAAAAGAAUCCAUUUCAGAAUUAGUGAGUUUCACCACAGAAAGUUGUGAGCCAGACAGUCCUGCUGCACCGAAGCUAAUUAACAGAACCAAAAACAGCCUGAGUUUGCAGUGGAAGUCCUCAAAUGACAAUGGUUCCAAAAUAACUAAUUUUCUUUUAGAAUGGGAUGAGGGGAAGAAUGGAUCCUUCAAAGAAUGCUACUACGGGCAUCUGAAGCAGUAUAAACUUACCAAACUCUCUCCUUCUACAAAAUACUCGCUCAGAUUAGCUGCUAAAAAUGAUAUUGGAAUGAGUGGGUUCAGUGAGACAGUGACGUACUAUACAGCGGGAAUUGUCCCACCAGCCCCGUCGCCCCCGGUGCUCGUUGAAGCAGGAGUGACCUGGCUGUCGGUGAAGUGGUGCCCACCUAACGGGGUGUCUUCAGAUGACUCUCUCACUUACACUUUAGACGUGGAAGAAGAAGGUUCUGGUUAUGGUUUCCAACCACAGUACAAUGGAGAUGAACUCUCGUGCACUUUAAGAAAUCUUAGGAGGAGUACAUCCUAUAAGUUUAGGCUCUUUGCCUACAACAGUGAAGGAAAAAGUAGCCCUAGUGAGGUGGUCGAACACAGCACCAAUCCUGACAAACCUGGACCACCAAGUAAACCAACUGUAAAGGGCAAGAUCCAUUCGCACAGUGUGAAAGUUACAUGGGAACCACCCAAAGAUAAUGGAGGAUCAGACAUUACUAAAUACUUUCUGGAAAUCUCAGACACAUCAGUUGGAAGCAAAUGGGACACCAUAUACAGUGGUUCCCAGAGGGAACAUGUAUGUGAUCAUCUCAAGCCUGGCACUUCAUACAGAAUGAGAGUUUAUUGUGUCAGUAAAGGUGGUGAAAGCCAGGCUUCUGAUGUUAUGACUGUUACAACAUCAGCUGUUCCUCCUGGACCGUGUCGUGCUCCAUGCCUGGCAGGCAAAUCUAAGCCCAAGGAAAUCACUUUACAGUGGGGCCCACCACCUGUAGAUGGAGGUUCCGACAUUACAGAAUAUGUUAUAGAGAUGGCAAACUCUGAACAAGAUGAACGCAGACAAGUGUACCAGGGUCCAGCAUCUGAAUAUGUAGUAAACAAUCUGCUUCCAGGGAGAGCAUACUGCUUCUGGAUACGAGCAGCAAAUAAAGUUGGGUUUGGCCCUCACUCUGACAAAGCAGAGAUCUCCACUGCUCCAGGACCCCCUGAUCAAUGUUGCAAACCCCUGAUAACUUGUAAAAGUGCAACUUGUGCUGUUGUUUCAUGGGAGAGUCCUGCGUGCAACGGUGCAGAGAUCAGCGAGUACAGACUGGACUGGGGACAGGUGGAAGGAUCGAUGCAUAUCAUUUACACUGGCCCCUGCCAGACCUAUGAAGUAAAAGGUCUCACACCUGCAACCACAUAUUAUUGCAGAGUCCAGGCUGUGAAUGUUGCUGGAGUUGGUUUGUUUGGCGAGACCGGUGUGGUGACAACCCCUGCAUCAGUGCCUGCAGCAGUGUCAGUACUGCAUUUACUUGAAGAGGAUCAAAUGGAAAUUUCUCUUCCUUUAUCAACGUGCCUUGCAAUUCAAUGGGAAGAACCAUGUUGUCAUGGGUCAGAGAUCACUGGAUAUAAUAUAGAAUAUGGAGAAAAGCAGCUUGUAACUGUUGGAAGAAGUACAAGCCAUGUUCUCGAGAAUCUGCUGCCUGACACUCUGUACAGAAUUAGAAUACAGGCCAUAAACAGCCUUGGAGUUGGUCCUUUCAGUCAUUCCAUUAAAGCCAAAACGAAACCACUACCUCCUGACCCUCCUCAUCUUGAAUGUGUGGUCUUCAGCUACCAGAGCCUUAAACUUAAAUGGGGUGAAGGUCCUAGCAGAGCUUUAAUUACCAACCCUACACAAUUCAACUUGCAGAUGGAGGACAGGUUUGGCAGGUUUGUUACUGUUUAUAAUGGUCCUUGUCAUACAUACAAGGUACAGCGACUCAGUGAAUCUACUACGUACUAUUUUAAAAUCCAGGCAUAUAAUGAUGCUGGAGAGGGAGGGUUUUCUGAAGUUUACGCUUUCACUACAACUAAGUCUCCACCCGCACCUCUUAAAGCACCCAAAGCAAAUCAGCUGGAAGAAAACACUUACGAAAUCACAUGGGAACCUUUACAGCCGAUGAAAGGAGAUUCCAUUGUUUACAUCCUUCAGCUCACUGCUGGGAGAGAGUUUGAUCAGGUAUACAAGGGACCAGAGACCUCCUUCCGUCUCGCAAGCUUGCAGACAAACUGUGAAUAUCGGGUCAGAGUCUGCGCUGGCCGUCAGUCCCAAGACUCUACUGGAUCACAAGAACUGUACGGACCUUACAGUCCCAGCACAGUGUUCUCAUCUCAGAAGCAAGAGCUGGUUCCACCGUGCGCUGAUUUGACGACAGAGCUGGCGGAGACGAAGAAGACAUUACGUGAAGAGCGCUUCAUUGCUAUCGUUCUUCUCUGCGGAUUUGCAGUGGUUGCUAUUUUAUUUGCUGUUGUUAUUCAGUACUUUGUAAUCAAGUAGACAAGAACCUAUUCAGUACUCAGCUUUUUGUACAGAAGCUAUUUCGGGUAUUUAUGGUUAGUUCUAAUUAAAAUCCUAGCUGGAAAUGUAUAGUUCCAUGCAUUUCCACGUUUGCUGCUGGCUAACAGUGAGGCUGGGUUGGCAGAUCCUUUCCAAAUACUGAACACAGAUUUCUUGUAGAAAGGGUAAUCCUGGGUCCUCUGUAAUCAGGGUUAGCUGUUAACAAAACAGCAAAAAAACUGCCUUAUUGUGCACGCUGGUGUGUGUGCGUGCCCACUCUUCCUCUCUCCGAAUUCAAAGUGGGGCCCUCUGGCCGGGCAGAGAGGGAAGGCAUUGAUAGAACAAGUCCUUUCAAGUACAACUAGAGCAGUGGUAGUCGAUCCGCAGUGUUUAAUCAGGUAUUGUUGUAGCUUGGUAUACAUGAAAUACAGCAGCACAAAUGCUUAAGCUUAGAGCAGUACUGUCUUGCAAAACAUUACUAGAGCAUACCACAUUUAAUAUACUGUAGAAGGGAAGCAGAAUAUUGACUUAGCGAUGUUACUACUUUACAGUUAUUUUAAUAUUUCGGUUUCAGUAAUAAUCAUUUCAAGUGUUAAAGUAGAGGGUGCCAGCAUUUUUAGAAUUUUAAUCAAAACGCUAGAUGAAACGUUAGCAGGACGUAAUGUACAUACAGCAAAGGCGUUUGUAUGUAACAUGGCAGGAAAGGCCCCUUUUGUAUUGUACAUUUCUGAAUGAAAUGCUUUCUGCUGUUGGUGAGCAGCUGUUGGCCCAAUCCACAUUUCACUCUCAGUGCCUGAGAGAAAAGUAAUUUCCUGUGCUUCUGAUUAAAUCUUUGCAGUGUUUUCAGAAAAGCACAGGUAUUGUCUUUAAGGAGAAAGAGUGCAUUUAUGAUAAAUGUUACACUAUUUGGCUCAAACUGAGCAAAUGUUUUUGUACUAUUAUUAACCUAAAAAUAAAAAGCUCAAACUGCUUUUGGAUGCCCUUCUAACUUAAUCUGAAUUAUCAAAUUGUACAUGAAAGAACUCUUUUUAGAUAACAUUUAUACAAUGUUUUAAAUGACUUGCUAUCCCAGUGGUAGCAGCUUCACAUUCCAUUGUUUUCUAGAUGGGAAUGUUCAGCCUGCUAUGAACUUUUCUGAAACUCGUCCUGUUUGUCUGGGGGGUAUUUUUUGUGGACACUGUGCACUACAUAUGACUGUUCUUGUUAAAUCUGCUUGUGAAUACCUGAAGAUGAGUCUGACAGCUGUCUUCUUUAUAUCCAAUAUUUUGAAAGCUGGAACUCACAAAUUUCAAAUGUGAUUCAGAAUGGGUCUUCCCCAAUAGCAUUUGGAACAUGCUAUAGAAGCAUAGAUUUAGCGUAUUCUGCAAAGACUACAGCUACACUUUAUAUACAUCAGAGCAAUGCACUUGUACGUGGAAUGUUGGAUGUGAUAGUGCUACAGGCUAAGUAUUUCCAGUAAUUAAUCACUUUAAGGGUCUUUCUCCUAUGGCAGUUGGUGAAUAAUGUUGCGUUAUAGUUUGAGGCAUUGUGUUGUAUUUCAGAUGUGGAAAACCUAAAUUAUGACAUAGUAUCGCUUAAUACUCUUAAAAGUAGAUUUAUGGUGCAAUCUGAAAUUAAUCUUUUCAAAAUGUACUCUUCAUUUUGUACUCUAUUUAUUUUGAUUAAAAGUCCUGGAAAAUGUAUGUUUGAAUGUAUUGUUCUACUUGUAGCAGAACUUUAAGUUAAUCAUUUAUUAUAUAAUAGAAAUCUCUCCCUCCAGUGUUGGAAAGAGUUUUAUACAGAUAUUAGUCUUUAGUUUGCAGAAGAGUUUACAAUCUGUCUUUAUUUCUCUUCUUAGUCUAUUUUUAGCAAAUAAGACUGCCUUCAGCAAAUCUCUAUUGCCAAAGGGUUAUUUCUUUAACUCUUAGAACAAAGUUUGUAGAGGUUUAUUUGGCAAUAAUAUUUCUGGUAAUUUUAAAAGAUGAAAUAGGAUUGCAGAAUAAAUACUAACAAGUCAUGACUCCUAAAAAGUGAAAGAAAGUUCUUUUGCAAUUGCCACAAAAUUGCCACAUUUCCAGAAGAUAUCGGGGAAAGCCUACCACAAUACAGAUUUUGCAUCAGCUGUUAUCCAUUCCAGAACGAUAUACCCUAAUGGCAUUAAUGUAUUAGGUAUCUUCAGUUUUCUUGUAUUGUAAUUUUGAGGUAUCUCAAACUUAUGUUAAAGCUGCCAUGCAUUGUAUUACUAAAUUGUAACUAUCAAAUAGAUAAUAUAUUUAAUACAGCCAAUAAAUAAUACAAAUGUAUUCAAAUUUGA